UCUCCUUUCUUCUAUAAAGUGCAAAACCCUUAUUCCGAAACUCAGAAACUCUCUCUCUCUCGCUCUCCCCUUUCCUGCAUAAAUUACAAAACCCUAAUUCCGAAGCCUCACAAACUCCAUAACCCAAUCUCUCUGUUGAACCGAUUCUACUCUUCUUCCCGAGCGGCGCCAUGGCUGAAGGCGCAUCCCCUCCCGCCGUCGACAACCUUGACGGAAAACUUGAUAAGGUUUCGAUCAGGCGUGGCGGAAAAGGAAGAUCCCCUGCUUCGAUUAAUGGCGGGUAUCGAUCCAACUCUUCGUCGGCGAGGUCGACCGGGAGCUCGCCGGCUUCCGAUUGGGCCCGGACGCCUGGGCAGCACAACCGGCAAUUCAACAAUUCGAGUUCGAGGUCGCUGGAGGAAGGAGAUGAUGGAGAUGAUUUGGCGGGGGCGGCGGAGAAGGCUAGGGCCAGUGGAGGGACUCCGUUGUCGAGGGAUCAGAGGGAGGCGAUAAGGUUCUCGAUGGUAGGGAGGAAGAAGGACUUCAAGCACAUGGAGAGGGUCGAUGGCCGGUGGAUCAAUGUGCUCGAGGGGCUCGAGCUUCAUACUGGAGUUUUUAGUGCAGCGGAGCAGAAGAGGAUUGUGGCUUGCGUCUACGAUGUUCAGGAGAAGGGGAGGAAUCGGCAACUCAGAAGACGCACAUAUUCGGAACCACGAAAAUGGAUGCGUGGGAAGGGGCGUGUAACGAUACAAUUUGGAUGCUGCUACAACUAUGCAGUGGACAAUUAUGGGAAUCCUCCAGGCAUAAUACAGGAUGAGGAAGUAGAUCCUAUGCCGCCCUUAUUGAAAACAAUGAUCAAGAGAAUGGUUGCAUGGCAUGUCCUUCCUCCCACUUGUGUCCCUGAUAGUUGCAUCGUCAACAUAUAUGAUAAAGAUGACUGCAUUCCUCCUCACAUAGAUCAUCAUGACUUCCUCCGGCCUUUUUGCACUGUCUCCUUGCUAUCGAAGUGUAAUAUUUUAUUUGGCAGAGAACUUAAAAUAAUGGGACCAGGAGAAUUCUCAGGAUCUACCGCAAUACCUCUACCUGUUGGUUCUGUGCUUGUCUUAAAUGGCAAUGGUGCUGAUGUGGCAAAGCAUUGUGUGCCAGCUGUCCCCACUGAAAGGAUUUCUAUUACGUUCAGAAAGAUGGAUGACAGUAAGCUUCCUUACAAGUUCUCACCUGACCCGGCUCUGCAGAAUCUUCAUCCUCUUGCAUAUCCACCAAUAAAAUCCCCAGUGCAACAAGUAGCUAACACACUUUCUCCAAAUCAGCAGCAAAUUACUCCAGAAGCUCAAGUUCUGGGUAAACAUAUGCACUGCCACUGGAGCCAUAAUUCGAAGGCCCAGGAGCAAGUAGAAAUUGCUGGGCUGGCUUCUAGCAGCCCCUUUAAAUUGGGUUCAGAUGAUUUUCCUCCACUGGGUUCGAGUUCAGCAAAUGGCCGAUCAAACAAGCCAAGCCGUCCAUUGCGGCAGGAACUUGAGCAACAGAAACUUUAAGAUAUUUUUGUAGUUAUAUGUCAGGCAUUCGUUUUGUUAUUUCCGUAAUAUGUUGCAUGCCAUGAUCAGGUUGUAAUCUAUCUAUCGUCAAUGCAGGUACACUUACUGUUUCUUAUGAUGAAGUUUUACUGGUGCAUGUUCUCUGUGGAGCAUG